CUCACGCUCACUUAACCAAAUCCAAUCCAAACUCUCAAACCAGUCGUGCAACUAACUCGACCUCGACAUCCCAACAUUUACCAUGGUGCGCCUCAAAGACCGCUACCUCCUAGCGAACAUCCUCUACACCGAUGUCCCACCCGGUCAGGCAAAGGACUCGGUGCCGGACCUUCUCCUAUACAACCAGCCGACGACCAGCGAGCUGAGACCCCAGCUGCUACUCAAGGCCAUCCGGAGCGAAGUGGCCUCACUUUUCGGUGACUGCGGCUCGGGUGCCAUAGAUCGCAGCCUUCAGGUAAAAUACCUAUCUCCCGCAACCUCCACCUUCAUCCUGCGCGUCUCGCGCGCCCACUACCGCCUGGUGUGGGCAGCCCUAUCCUUUAUGAACCGCGUGCCCGUCCGCGACGGCCGGCCCUGCGUGUUCCGCGUCGUGCGGGUCAGCGGCACCAUCCGCAAGGUCGAGGAGGAGGCCGUCCGCCGCGCCAAGCUGCUCGUCCUCGCCGCGAAGGACGAGAUGGCUGGCAAGAAGGGCUCGUCGGCCGACGCCUUGGGCGCUCUUCUGCGGAGCGACGGCGGCCAGGCCCGGAGUGCUACGGCGGCAGGGAUGCAGGUCGACUCGGACACCGAGGCCUCUGAGAGCCAGGGGUUGUCCGAUGAUGGGUGA